GAGUUGGAUCAAACCAUAAUAAAGAAUAAAGCGAAUUUGAUCAACACCCUAAAAGCAAAACACAAGCUAAGUAAAUUCAAAAAGCCCCAAAUCAAUGAUCAUCUUCUCUAUUCUUUCUCAAUCUCACCCAUUAUAUAAAAUCCAAAAGGGUCCCAUUUCUCGAAAUCCCAGAAAUUUUGGGACCCAUUUGCUGACGAUUUGGAAGACUCCUUUGCUGCAUUUCCAUGGCCACUUUCCAUGUCAAUGUUCUCUGCAUCUCAUCUCUCCACUUUCCCAAGUUUUAUCCUCCAUUUUCUCUCUCCUCUUUCAGUUGAAUCUGCAGUAGAGAGAGAAAACUAAACAAGAGAGAAAUGCCCUGUUUUGCUAAACUAUGGGGCAUUAAUUUAUCGAUUUGCUUGUUAUGGUUGCUUAGAUCCUGCUAUGGUGAAGACCCAUAUGUGUUUUAUGAUUGGAGAGUUUCAUAUGCUACUGCUUCUCCUCUUGGAACUAAACAGCAGGUUAUUGCUGUGAAUGGGCAAUUUCCAGGACCAACUCUCAAUGUUACGACUAACUGGAAUGUCAUCGUGAAUGUUAGGAAUGACCUUGAUGAACCACUGCUUAUAACUUGGGCUGGUGUACAGCAGAGGAAAAAUUCUUGGCAGGAUGGUGUCUCAGGGACAAAUUGUGCUAUCCCCGCUGGCUGGAACUGGACGUAUGAUUUUCAAGUUAAAGAUCAGAUAGGGAGUUUCUUUUACUUCCCAUCCCUUAACUUUCAGAGGGCUGCUGGUGGGUACGGAGGAAUAACAAUAAACAACAGGAAAAUUAUUCCGAUACCUUUUGGGGCCCCUGAUGGAGACAUCACUCUUUUAAUAAGUGAUUGGUAUAUAAAGAGUCAUAAGGAACUUCGGAAGGACAUUGAAGAAGGACAUGACCUUGGUGCUCCUGAUGGUGUGCUUUUCAAUGGAUUUGGUCCUUUUCGCUAUGAUACAAAUCUUGUUCCUGAAAAUGUCAAUUUUCUAUCGGUAUAUGUUGACCCAGGAAAGACUUAUCGUCUUAGAGUGUCAAAUGUCGGUAUCUCUACCAGCUUAAAUUUCAGAAUCCAGAAUCACAAUCUAAUUCUUGUUGAGACUGAAGGGUCAUACACAGUUCAGCAGAAAUAUACAGAUUUGGAUAUUCAUGUUGGUCAGUCUUACUCAUUCUUAGUCACCAUGGAUCAAGAUGCCACAAGCGAUUACUACAUUGUUGCCAGUCCUCGGUUUGUGAACUCUUCUUCCGGGGGCAAAGCUGCUGGUGUUGCUCUCUUGCGCUACUCCAAUUCUCAGGGACCCGUUUCAGGUCCUCUUCCAGAUCUUCCUAAUGGUUUAGACCCAUCUUACUCUAUGAAUCAAGCAAAAUCCAUAAGGUGGAAUCUGACUGCAAGUGCUGCCCGUCCAAAUCCUCAGGGAUCUUUCAGAUAUGGCCAAAUUACUGUCACGGAUGUUUACGUUCUUGUUAGCAAACCUGCAGAGCUAAUUGAUGGGAAGUGGCAUGCAACUCUCAAUGGGUUAUCUUACUUUACGCCUUCAACUCCUUUAAAGCUUGCACAUCUAUAUAAUGUACCAGGAGUGUACAAGCUUGAUUUCCCCAUCAAACCAAUGAACAGACCUUCAAGGCUUGACACUUCAUUAAUAAAUGCAACUUACAGAGGCUUUGUGGAGAUUAUACUUCAAAAUAGCGGUACAACUGUUCAGACUUAUCAUUUAGAUGGAUAUGCCUUCUUUGUUGUUGGCAUGGAUUAUGGGACGUGGACAGAGAAUAGCAGGUCAAUCUACAACAAAGAUGAUGCAGUGGCUCGUUGCACUACUCAGGUCUACCCCGGAGCAUGGACUGCCAUUAUGGUUUCACUUGACAACUCCGGCAUUUGGAAUCUUCGUGCUGAGAACUUGAACUCCUGGUAUUUGGGACAGGAGGUUUAUAUUAAUGUUGAUAAUUCUGAAAAGGACAGUUCAGAGGUUCCUUUGCCAGAUAACACAAUCUAUUGUGGCUUAUUAUCAUCCUUACAGAGGGAUCAAUCUCAUAGGAUAGACUUUUCGCGUAUGCAGAAACUUGCAUGUGUAAGCAGUACAACGCUGGUUGCUUUAGUUGUUUCACUUUUAUGCUUCUUAUUCUGAUAACAUGAUUUUAGAAGAACAUCAUCAUUCACAUUUCACUAUUAAAAUGAAGACGUGCGCCAAAGGUGCCUUCUCCGAGCCCAAGUCAAGAUGUUGAUAGGAAUCACAUUGUUCUCAUUAUUCAUUACAUUAGCUCAUUUUUGGAGGAAAUAUUAUUCUUGUAUAAACAGUAAGGUUACCAUUUUUGCCUUUUAACCCUUAAUUUAAUAGACAUUUUUACUUC